AUAUCGGGUCUUUAAAACAGCUUUGUAAAAGUUCUUAUUUUUCCCCCUUCUACCUUUCCCCCCAUUUUAGGUCUGGAUAUUCUUAAUGCCCUUUAUUGACACUUCUUGGUCUCUCCCCCCCCCGCCCCCCGCUUUUAGAUGUUCCUCUAUCUUGUAGUGUGAUGAUGGUUAUGAUAGCUUCCUUUCCACCAGCUCGGCUACCUCUCGGGCUGAUGCUUCGAGCAACAGGUCUUGGCAGCACUAUGCAGCCAGAUACAGAGAGGACCCGGAUGCGGCCCAAGAAACCAGACAUGGCCCUGUAUGUCCCCAGAGCACGACGUGAGAUGGCGAUUUCAAAAGCUAGCACCUCAGUGGCCACCAGGUGUGGGAGGGAGGAGAGCCAUUGCACCACUGGGAAAGUGAUCACUCAAGGAUGUGAGGGAAAGCAGGAUCCCAGAGCUGGGGCAGGCUUGUUUCAUGACGACCAGGGAGGAGUUGGCUUUCCCAGGGAACAAAGAGGAAUCUCAUCCCGAGACUGGAGUGGGAGCGAUGCAUUCCACCCAAGGCCAAAGGCGCAGACAGAGAAGUGGCCACAAUCCCAGCAGAAGCCUGAGUCUCAUAGACUGCUCCAUUUCUCCAGCUUCCUAGGCAUGAUACCCUCUCCGCUGCCCAACAGUGCAGCAGAGGCCCCUCUGAAGUCCUGCACUGCACUCUCUGCAAAUUCACUGGAGAGGAUGGCAGAACUCCACCUUCAGCCAGGGCUUAGCGAUGUAGACUGCGCUUGGGAGCGAGAACACAGGUUUCUGUCAGCAGAGCAGGACACUUUCUAUUGGCAAAGGACUUGGCGCACUGGCACGAGCAAAGAGUCAAAAGCACUCCUCACAAACCAGGUAGGGCUGAGCGAAAGGAGUGGGCAGAAGUGUAGCAGUGAGAGGCUCUUGGAUCAGAGAGGGCUGGGUGAAGAUGGCACAUUGGCUAGCGCGGAAAGCAUAAUGAAGCCUGUGAGCCAAGGGUCCUCAGAACCAGCUGGAAUAAGUGAGGGUGACAUGUCUGCAAAUACAGAUGAGAGGGUUCCAGGUGGCCCAGAGACACAAGAGGGCAGCUCAUCCGUGUGUGCAGGUCAGGGGGUGUUUGAUCAAACACAUGCAGGCAACAGUAGCAUGCUGGUUCCCACUGAGGUGGCUGAGCCUGAUAGAUGUAAAUGCACAGAUAAGAGCAACUCCAAUCAGACAGAGAUGAGUGACAGUAGCAUGUUGGAAUAUGCUGAUAGGAGAGUUCCAGAUCAGACAGAACCAAAGGAAGACAGUGACAUCAAAGAUGCAAAUGAAAUCAUUCCUGCUCAGGCAGAAGCAAAUGCACAUAGCACAGUAGAGCAUGGAGAGGAGAAUGAGAGUAGUGGGUCCAGUCAUGCAGUUGAACACAUGUCUGAUCGGAUUGGAGUGAGCUUUGGUAAUGUGUCUGAGAGCCCUUUAAUUCAGGCAGAUGGUUCAGGGGUGGCUGCAGGCUAUAACUGUAUAGAUAGUGCCUAUGGGAUAUUGGAUUGUCUGCCCAAUUGCCUCUUGGAGGAUGAAAUGUGGAAAGUGUGUGGCAAGGGACAUGAGAAGGGAGGCAGUUUCUGCCAUCACACCUGUCAGUACAGUGUGGCUGUCUCUCAGUCUGAGGCUGCAUUGGCAAUAGGAGAAACCAUGUUGGGCUUGGGAGGUCAGAGUGAGGGUGGAGGCAGUGCUGAAGGAAAGGCUUUCUCCAAGGAGGCUCCUAGCCAGUUACUGAACUGCGCCUCCAAGAAGAUGGCAUGUUGCCCAGAGAGCAUUCUGGAGGGAGCAGGAGCACUCCUAGGUGACACCUUAGUGGAAAAACCAACCCAUUGGGAUGUGGUCAUGAGGCUGUUGCAUCCAUUCGAAGCCAAGGGAGGCAAAGAAGCUGGACAGAGUGUGCCAUGCAGUUGGGAGGAGCCCACUAGACCCAGCGUUGGUCCUGCAACCCACAGUGAGGAUGACAACCUGGCAGAUGAGAGCUGGGAUGCUCUAUUUAAUGAUGAUGGUGACUGCCUGGAUCCGCGCUUGCUGGCGGGGCUCUCUGCUCAGGGCCCAUCCCCUGCAGGGCUUCAGGAGCCACGCUUUGACUACGACAACUACUCUCCAGCUGAUCUGGACUUGAGUGACUCAGAGCUGCCGCAUGUCAUUGAGAUCUACGACUUCCCCCCAGAAUUUCGCACCGAGGAUCUGCUGCGUGUCUUCUGCAGUUACCAGAAGAAAGGCUUUGACAUUAAGUGGGUGGAUGACACACACGCUCUGGGUAUCUUCUCCAGCCCCAUCACAGCCCGAGAUGCUCUCAGCACCAAGCACCUGAUGGUGAAAACCCGUCCGUUGUCGCAGGCCACACGAGCUGCAAAGACCAAGGCCCAAGCUUAUUCUGAAUUCCUGCAGCCAGCCAAAGAACGGCCCGAGACUUCAGCAGCUCUGGCCAGGAGACUGGUGACAGGUGCCCUUGGUGUCCGGAGCACCCAAAGCAAGGCAGAACGUGAAGCUGAACGCAAGCAGUUACAAGCAGCCCGAGAACGGAAGCGCCUGGAGGCUAAGCAGAGAGAAGAUGCCUGGGAAGGCCGCGAGUGAGCCAACACGAUUGCAUAGCGAAACGGGAGAAAUUACCUGCUUGAGACCUCACUGGAGCAGGAUUGGGGCAUGGACAGAUGGGCAGGUUGCGUUUGCAUUGGCCGGCAUUAGGGAAGGUUCUGCCAUUCCAUUUGGGGUGAGCAGCAAGGUGUAGGCCCAUUGUGGGCAUUCUUGAGCAGCAAAAACACGCUCAGGUGGGAUACGUGAGACCAAAGGAGCAUCCCUCCUGGACGCCCCUGACACCCUGCGACAGCAGGGCUGGAGCUUGGCAGUGCCUCUGCAAGAGCUGCGCUCUGGGCAUCGGGCCCAAAGGUUUGGGCCAGGCACUGUUCCCUGCAAGGUUGUUGUGCCAUGGGAUGUAACCCCCAAUACCGAAAUGUUGUUAGCAUGACCCUUCUUGGAUAUGGUGCCUGCCUACACUGUGAGACAGCAGACAGACCUGAGCAGUGUUGUGCCCUGGGGCUCUGUGGGACUGGACUGAGCCGUGGCAGCUUUUUGAACAUGCUAAGUGCCCGCUGUUGAGUUUGCUAAUUAAAGUUUCUCUUUUUGUUUUA